AUGGCACCAUUUAAGUUUGCCAAGAAAAAUUCAAAAGAAAAGCCCAGGCAGGAGCCUGUGACGGCUCCCAAGCCGCCAAUUCCACCUCCUAACCCCAAACGUUUCAUGCAGGGUGAGAAACUCGCGAUUUCAAGCGUACCAGAGCCAUUGACGACCCGGGUCUUCCCGACACCGGUGCCAGCGCAACAGAGGAACGUUUCUAGCGCGUCAGCGCUGCAGCAGACUGAAUACACGCCGUGGAGCAGGUUCAAACUCGCAAAUUCACCAUUUCCGCGCUAUCGCCAUGUCGCGUCCGCUUAUAGCUCCGAACAACAGCAGCUGUUUGUUAUCGGUGGCCUGCACGAUCAAUCGGUGUAUGGGGACACCUGGAUAAUUUCGGCACACGAAAACGGCACCAAAUUCACAUCAAAAACAGUUGAAAUUAGCGAUGCCACGCCUCCUCCGCGCGUAGGCCACGCCUCGUCGUUAUGUGGGAACGCCUUUGUCAUUUUUGGGGGUGAUACUCACAAGGUCAAUAGCGAAGGCCUGAUGGACGACGAUGUUUACCUUUUCAACGUCAAUUCUUACAAAUGGACUAUCCCUAGACCAGUCGGCCCCAGACCUCUUGGUCGUUAUGGUCAUAAGAUUAGUGUUAUCGCCACGUCUCAAUUGAAAACUAAGCUUUUUGUAUUCGGUGGUCAAUUCGAUGACACUUAUUUCAACGAUCUGGCAGUUUUCGAUCUUUCAUCCUUUAGGCGUCCAGACUCGCACUGGCAAUUCGUCAAACCCAAUACAUUCAACCCUCCUCCUUUGACGAAUCACACAAUGAUUUCGUAUGAUUUUAAGCUUUGGGUAUUCGGUGGUGAUACGCCACAAGGUUUGAUAAACGAUCUAUUCAUGUUUGAUCCUCAGCUCAACGACUGGAGGAUAGUUCAAACCUCCGGUGAGAAGCCAUCCCCCUUGCAAGAGCACGCGGCAAUACUGUAUGGUGACUUAAUGUGCGUAAUAGGUGGCAAAGACGAACAGGAUGUGUAUUCCAACAGUGUCUAUUUCUUGAACUUGAUAUCUCUGAAAUGGUUCAAGUUCCCGUUCUUCAGAUCUGGUGUCCCACAAGGUCGUUCGGGUCAUUCUCUGACUUUGUUACCUAAUAAUAAAUUGUUAAUAAUGGGUGGUGACAAAUUUGACUAUGCCAGAAGCGGUGAAGACGAUUACCACACUUCUGAAGUGGACUUGGGAUGUGGCACUUUGCUCUACUCCUUAGAUCUCAGCAGACUCAAAGAACAGUGCCCCGGUAUUUUUGAUGUCAAUCGCAUUGGAACCCCUCAGAAGUUCUCAGACCGUAAUCCUGCUUCUCCACAUCAAACAAGUCGUAAUGCUCCGGGACAGCAACAAAAUAUUCUGACUCCAUUUAGCGAAAGAUAUCAAACUCCUAAAACCGAGCAAGGUGAUUUCCCAGGCGCAGAUAGAUACAACACACCGAAAACCGAUAGUGUAUUUACCCCUAGAACCGCUAAUGAUGAUCAUUCUGAAGUCACAACGCUACCAACCCCACAAGACAUAAAGAAACCUAUGUCACCGGUCCCACAACUAAAAACUUCUCAGUUGAGCGCUCAAAGUCCACCACCUCGAGUUGUCUCUCUGCGCUCUACAACUGAAUCAGACUACAGCGGGUCAAAAGGACACGACAGCCAAUUAAGCGGAGAAACUAGCGAUGAAUACGGCGUGGCAAUGAUUGGAAACUCCCCUGGAAGACCAGUUGUUAGAGAAAGUAUAAUUCCUGAGAAUGAAACCUUGGAACAUUUGCCUAGCCAUGACGCUCCUGAAGAUUCAACUCCGCAGCGUGAGGAAUCCUUUAUGGCAACGUUGACGCCAGAAAGCACUAAAAGUAUUCCCCUCGCUGAGAAAGCUAUUCCCCUGCAAGAUACUGGCAGAAAUGUAACAAAAAAAAUGAUAGAUGCGUUGCGCGAAGAACUCGGGGAAUUAAGGACAGAAGCAGAAAAGAGUGCGCAAUCCGCAAGUCAACGCAUAAAGGAACUAGAGUCAGAAAACUCCAAAUUUAAGAAUAUUGAUAGCAGUGCUUCACGCCUUGUCAAGCUACAAACCGAUUACGAUCUUGCUGUAGCUGAUAAGAAAGCGCAUGAAGAUAGAGUCGGCGAAGUCGAGGACCUUCUUUCAAAGAAGUUCCUAGAUGUGGCUCGUUUACAUGAUGUCAUAAAAGUCCAAAGUAGUAAGAUCGGUUUACUUGAUAGUGAGGAAUCCUACAAAGAGAAGUUCGAGGAGCUGAAUGGAAAAUAUGAACAAUUGCUGAAAGAACAUCAGGCCCUGAAAGCACAAGAUAGAGAAGAGGCUAGAAUACUGCACAGUUCCAUUGAGGAGUACAACGUACAACUGGGACAGUUUUUGGCGCAUAAGGAAGGGGAAAAGGCAUCCGGGGGGGAUCGUUCUACCUCUUCUCAUCAUCAAAAAAUCAUUGAGGACCUCAGAGGCCGCGUUGAUCAAAUGACGACUGAGAAGGAAGCAAAUGAAGCUUCGAAAACGGACAUAUCGCGCUCAUACGAAAUGUUGCAGGAGAAGAACCGGCAAUUAGAAAACGCUAUCGGAAAGCUUGAACAUAACUACGAGAAUAGUUUGAACUCGGUGAACAAUGCCAGCAGGGCACUGGCACUAUCGCAAGAAGACCUCAACAAGUUCAAACAAGAAAAUAAACGUCUUGUCGAUGAACUUGAGGAAUUAAAAUAUAGAUCGGCAGAUCGUCGUGACGUUAGCUUGACGUCCAAUGACGAUUCCAUCUUAAGCUCAGGAGGCGCUGCGGGUUCAGAACCGAAAAACGAUAUGAGGGACGCUCCCUACCGCUUGAAAAUCAAAGAUCUGAAAGCAGAGCUAUUCAUCAUAAAGCAAGAAAGGAACUCUCUCAAGGAUGAUGUCCUGGAACUGAAGAAGAAGCUGCUCAAUCUCGAGAACGACGAUGACUGA